AUGUCGGCCGCCCUGAACAAGAUCGCUCCCAACAGCCCCUCGAGGCAGAGCCCCUCCGAGAUCGAGACCAGCAUUGCCAAUGCUCUCUACGACCUCGAGCAGAACAUCCCGGACAUGAAGGCCUCUCUGCGCCCUCUCCAGUUCGUGUCCGCCCGCGAGAUUGAGGUUGGCCACGGCAGGAAGGCGGUCGUCAUCUUCGUGCCCGUUCCCCUUCUCCAGGGCUGGCACAAGGUCCAGCAGCGCCUGACCCGCGAGCUCGAGAAGAAGUUCUCUGACCGCCACGUCCUGAUCGUUGCUUCCCGCCGCAUCCUUCCCCGCCCCAAGCGCUCCAACCGCUCGCGCUCCAACCAGACCCAGAAGCGUCCCCGCUCCCGCACUCUGACCGCUGUCCACGACGCCAUCCUCCACGACCUCGUCUACCCCGUCGAGAUCGUCGGCAAGCGCGUCCGCACCAGGGAGGACGGCUCCAAGGUCCUCAAGAUCAUCCUCGACGAGAAGGAGCGCGGCGGUGUCGACUACAGGCUCGACACCUACUCUGAGGUCUACAAGCGCCUCACUGGCAAGGGUGUCAACUUCGAGUUCCCCCAGAGCAACGUCUCUGAGUACUAG